AUGGAGACGAUCCCAAUAGCAUUUGCCUCCAGUUCCAAGAUUCCCUACUGUUCCCAACUCUAUUCGGUUCGUACAGUGAAUUGUUACUCACGUUCAGAUCUUCCUUUAUCAUCGUCAUCUUCAUCGGCUUUCGUUAAUAAAAACAAACUUCGAUUACAUUCAAAUUCACUGUUCGCAUCUAGAAAGUCAUUGUCAAAUAAAGCAAUAAAAUGCGCCGGUAGCAUAAUUAGAGAGACUUACGAGAGUGAGUUUGCCGAUGUCGUUUUGAAGUCAGACCGUCCAGUCCUCGUUGAGUUCGUCGCAACAUGGUGCGGUCCCUGUCGCUUGAUCGCUCCUGCCAUCCAAUCUGUUGCUCAGGACUAUGAAGACAAAUUGACAGUGGUGAAAAUUGAUCACGAUUCAAAUCCACGACUGAUUGAAGAAUACAAGGUAUAUGGAUUGCCAACACUUAUUCUCUUCAAAGAUGGAAAGGAAGUUCCCGAUAGCAGGAGGGAAGGCGCAAUAACAAAAAUUAAGCUUAAAGAGUACGUCGAUGAACUUCUCAAGUCAGUGUCUAUUGCUUAG